AUAUUUAUAUACAUUUCUUAUAAUUAUUUUGUUAUCAAAGAAUUUCGCCGAAACGGAAAUUUUAUUUUUAAUAAAUUAUUGAUUUUUAUUGAAUUACAAGUGUCAUUCUAAACAGCAUUGUAUAAUACCGCAAAAAUCGAUAGUCGAUCUUAAAUCCUUGUUCCCGAAUGUCCGUAAAGUGUCAUCUUUAAAAUAACCGAAUGGUCGCGUGAAAGGAGGAAACUAUUUUGCACAUUUCAAUCUGCACUAAAGCACAUGUAUAUCUGGGUUCACCUGCUUUUGUCUUUACUACGAAAUCAUUUCACAAGUUUCCUGGUCAUUUGUUGCUCGAACAAUGUCAGAUUCGACUAUUUUCCGUUUUUAGAACUCAUCCAUUCUUGAUCAGUCAGCGGACAGCAACGUAUCCAGUUCGAGCUCCAAUUCCAGUGUAUCCGACUCUUCUGUGGACUCCCAUUCAUCCAUAGAAUCCAAUUCGGGACACAAUACAUCCGUGGAAUCUCAGUCAUCCGCGGAAUCUGAUUCAUCCGCUGAUUCCCAUUCGUCCUUGGAACGCCCAUCCCCAGUGGAGCGUGAUUUAUCUGUGGAAUCAGACUCAUCUUCAGCCACCAAUACCAGCGAAUCUUCAGUCGGAGAAGCUUCAAACCAACUGCAGUCACCGCAAAGCAAUAACCCCUUAAAUAUGGCUAACUUGUCUGUCUCGACUGAAGAUGCUCAUUCGCAGAUCAGAUCACUUACCCAGGAUGUGAUCCAGAUGGAAGCAGAGUUGGAUCGCAUGAAUCGCUACUGCGAGGAAGUUGUGGCACAGAUUGACACCUUCGCCACGAGAACCUCAACGCCAACAACUCGUAGAAUUCGCCGCAGAACGAGUCCAGUAGAAGUGAUAGAUCUGUCCCAUUUGGACCGUGCACCACCUGUUCGAUCCGCUCGGAAUCGUGAUCCCGAUGCUUUCAUCGAUCUAUGCACCCCCGAAGGCCCAAGAAGUCGCACAGUGAAUCUUCACUCCAACGACUCCCUCACCAUUCUGCCACGUCGGUCAGCCGAAAAUGACCCGGUAGUGGAUCUCGACGUUGCGUCGCCACCAAAACGCGUUAAUCGCGACAUUGAUGAGUCCCAAAAAGAGGAGUUAUACAAGUGCCCCAUCUGCAUGGACAGUGUAUCGAAGCGCGAGCCAGUGUCAACCAAAUGUGGACACGUCUUCUGCCGCGAAUGCAUCGAAACAGCCAUCAGAGCUACGCACAAGUGCCCAAUAUGCAACAAGAAGCUGACCGCACGUCAAUUCUUUCGCAUUUACUUGUAAGUUGCUUAUACUAUUUCACAUUUUUUGCUCUGUGAGCCUUAAUAUAAUAUAGUUUAAAAAAAAACGCUUAACUAUGUUAGAGACGGCAAAUAAUGUCUGUUCUUGUGAUUCAGAAAAAAUUAGUUAUUUAAGUUGUCCUAUGUAAUCAGUGGCGCCCAAAAAUAUUUGAAUACAACUAUAAAAACUAAAGACUUCACUUUUGAUGUAUGAAACCAUCUCAGGCUAGAAUAAUAUAAGAACGACCGAAAGGAGUGUCAAAGUAUUAUGUAGGCAUUUUUCCAAACGCAAUUUAACAAUGUAACAUACAUAUAAUAUAAUAAAUAAAAUGGUCCCAACGC